GCUUAUGCAAACAAUUUGUGAUUUUAAAUCUAUGGAGAAGGAAGUGAGACGUUUAGAUUUUGAUUUUCAACGGAUGCCUUUAGGAAAAAUUACCAAAGAACAAAUAAAGUCUGGAUAUGAAGCUUUGACACAAAUUGAACAGUUUAUAGCUAAAAAUGAAUUGGAAUCUGUUGCUUUUAAACAAUCAAUGAACGAAUAUUACACACGAAUUCCUCAUUGUUUUGGUAUGCGAACUCCACCAAUGAUUAGAACAAUUGAAGCUUUAAAACAAGAAAUUGAAUUAUUAGAUCUAUUGACGGGAAUUGAAAUUGCUGUUACAAAAAUGAAUAAUUCUGAUGAUCCAAUAGAAAAGCAUUACAGCAGAUUAAAAUGGGAUAUAAUACCUGUAGAAAAGGAAGAUGAAAAAUAUAAGUUAAUUGAAGAAUAUUUAAUUAAUACUCAAGGACCAACACAUUGUAGUUUUAAAUUGGGGUUAAAACAAGUCUAUGAAUUAAACAGAAAAGAUAAAGAGAAAGAAGAAAAAUUUUUGAAAAAUUUGGGAAAAAGAAUGUUGUUGUGGCAUGGUUCUAAAUUAACUAAUUGGUAUUCUAUAUUAGCACAAGGACUUAGAAUUGCCCCGCCAGAAGCUCCUGUCACUGGUUAUAUGUUUGGUAAAGGAGUUUAUUUUGCAGAUAUAUCAAGCAAAUCGGCCAAUUAUUCAAACUCCGGAUCAAACAAUUCUGCUUUUAUGAUGUUAUCUGAAGUUGCAUUGGGGGAAAUGUUGGAAUUAAAAGAUGGCGAUUCGGAUUUACACAAUAAAUUACCAAAAGGGAAACACAGCACUAAAGGAAUUGGAAAAAUUGUGCCUAAACCAGAAGAAACAAAAAUUUUGGAUGAUGGUAUUGAAGUACCAUGUGGUAAACCUGUUGAUGCAGAAUGUCAGGACACAACACUUAUUUACAAUGAAUUUAUUGUAUACAAUUUGGAGCAGAUUCGUGAACGUUUUUUGGUUGAAUUUAAUUAUCAGUAUAAUUUUGAAUUGUAA